AGGAUCUCAAACACUUAUCCUGCAAACAGCGAGCUCACCCUUGGACUCUUCCGCACUCUUCUGCUCUGCUAAAACAUCUUGAGCUCAUGGCGAUGCACAAGCGGAUCCUGCGAGCUCUCGGGAACGUCCCGACGCGGCGGAACCUCUUCGGGCCGGUGGAUCGCGAGCAGCUCCAGCUGGAGUACCGCGACGCUCUGAGGAAGGACCUGGAGGAAGCAUCCCGCCGCUGGAGCUUCGACUUCGUCUCGGAGACACCUCUGGAGGGCGGAGACUUCCUGUGGGAGGGCGUGUCCGGGGAAAAGGUGCCCGUCUUGUACCGCGCCGGUCAGGAGGGCAAGCAUCCGCGGCUGCGCGUGGGUAAAGAGAACAUCCCCAGAACCCCAGAGAGAUUCAACGCUGUCCCGCGGGACGUGGAGAAAACGCCAGAAAAGAGUACAGAGCUGAAGAGGAAGCAGACGAGUAUCACGGGUGAGAUGGGCGGAGCCAAACAGAGAUGAGAUUCACAGAUGAAUCUCAAAAAUCUGUAGAAAAUUAAGAUUUCUACCAGGCGAAGAAGAGAGUGGUGGUCACACCCCGCAAAUCAGGACAAUAACACACGCGCACACACACACACACACACGCACACACACACACACACACACACACACACACGCACAGACUCAGGAACGCUAGUGUGUCUCGUCGGGACUCGUCUCCUCAUAACACGAACACACGAGAACUGACGUAAACCACCGCUUCUUCUCACUAGAUCUUCUGUUUUUCCACACUGUCAUCUCCCUUCAUCCUUUCAAGAACUCUAAACAAUUAUUUAUAGCAGUUUUCCGUCGCGGUCGCGCUGUUUGAUCGGUGCCGGGGUCAUGGACGGAAUCAAGAAACACACAACAGACUGUUCCAGAACUUAGUUUCCAUCUUCAAUCAUGUUUUUUUGAAUGUUAUUCAUUAAUAUGACAUUGUUUCUCUGUCAUUCCUCUUCCUGUUUAUAUGUUUGCAUGUCAACAGUUAACAUUUAUACAAAUUUACGUUUAAGAAAAUGUGUUAAAAUCCUUUUAAAUCCAGUAGGAUUUGUGUGGAGGGGCGAAAAGAUUCUGGAAAAAUUCAGAAUUUGACUCUUUAGUGGGACCACAAAAUUUAAUUACGAACAACACAACACUGAUAUUUUUCGGUGUGCAUGUAUACAAAUGUAUUGCUUCAUUGCACAGUACUUGUAGCUAAUUUUAACUAACGUUUGGUGCCAACGUUUGUUUUGUUUUUUACACAUAAAAAUUCUUUAUAAUUCAAACCCUGUGGAUUUUCUCACACCACUCUCGUAAAGGAGCUGCAAUUACGUUUUUACAAUGUAGAUUUAUUUAAGUAAACGCUUGGCGUCGUUUGUGAAACACGAGCUGAAUGAAGUCUCUGCAGAUUCUUUGUAAAUUGCGUUAAAUUUAGUGCGGGAGUUAGUGCAUGAAUGUUUAAACGAAGAAUUUGCAGAGAAAUUUGUUCUGCUUGCGUUCCGUGAACGCAGCUACAGCAUAUUUACAAACACUCUCAGUUUUACUUGUAGUCAUGGAAAUACAAGUAACAUCUCAUUAACGUUUGUUUGAAAUUAACGGAAUCACAGAUAUGAACACUAAGCUUUCUACGUGCACUAAUUGAGUGUUGGAUAUGUUAAGUUUCAGCAAACAUUCACUGAAUCCGUUCUUGCUCUGUAAUGGUUCUCAUAUCUUGAUACUUGUAGAUUUCUGCGACCUGUCUGUAAAUAUCCUUUUAAUAUCCAGAUUAUUCGCCGUUGAUGGAGAAUUGCACUUGUUAUUUUGAGUAUUGUAGCUUGCACAUGUCUGUUUUUGCUAAAGAGCUCAGAAUAUAUGCUGUAUUUAUUUUACGGAUAAAUAUUGUAUUGUAGAUUGACAUUUAAUUGUUCUUGUAAUAAAGCCGUUUAUGAAGAGAAACUCUGGUGUGUGCGAUUGAUUUGUACAAAUAAAUCGUUCCCCUAAAUAUUCAAUCUGUUGAUUCUAAAUAAAAAAUAAAUUGUGCGGACACUACUUGUGUGUUGAGAGAACAUUCAAAUUUAACAAUCAAACGUCAAAAAUAAAAUUUAAUAUUUCAUAAAUUAAUGGGAAAGUUUAGAGCAUGUUUUUGUUAGUUGGGUACUUGGUUUCUGCUGCUGCGUUACGGAUGUGGUGCUAAUCGACCAUUUCUCUGGAUUUGUAUGUGAAUUAUAUCGGUCUCAAGCUAACA